CUCCUCCUCCGCCGCCGCUUCUCCCCUCCCUUCCAAACCAGAGAAGAAAAAGAGAGAGAGGGAGAGAUGGACGCCGCCGCCGCCGCCGCCGCCGCCGGGAACGGCAGCAGCAGCAGCGUGAUGUGCCAGCUGGUGAGCGCGGAGGGGGAGCAGCUGGGCGCGGCGCUCUACCUGCCGCACAACGUCGGACCGCCGCAGCUCCAGGACAUCGUCAACCAACUACUGCACAACGAGGACAAGCUUCCCUACGCCUUCUACGUCGGCGAUGAGGAGCUCUCCCUCCAGCUCGGCGCCUUCAUGCAACGCAACAACGCCACCGCCGAGGUCACCCUGCGCAUCGUCUACCAGCCGCAGGCCGUCUUCCGCAUCAGGCCCGUCAACCGCUGCUCAGCCACAAUCGCAGGCCACACGGAGGCUGUAUUGGCCGUUUCUUUCAGCCCCGACGGGAGAUGCCUGGCUAGCGGUUCAGGCGACACCACCGUUCGCUUCUGGGACCUCAGCACACAGACCCCAUUGUACACAUGCAAAGGCCACAAAAAUUGGGUUCUCUGCAUUGCAUGGUCACCUGAUGGGAAACAUCUUGUUAGUGGAAGCAAGUCAGGAGAGCUUAUAUUAUGGGACCCCAAAACAGGCAAUCAAUUGGGCGCUCCUCUUACGGGACAUAGAAAGUGGAUUACUGCUGUAUCUUGGGAGCCAGUUCAUUUGCAAUCUCCUUCCCGCCGUUUUGUAAGUGCAAGUAAAGAUGGCGAUGCACGAAUCUGGGACAUUACCACGAAGAAGUGUGUUAUUUCCCUUUCAGGUCACACCAAUGCUGUGACCUGUGUCAAGUGGGGUGGAGACGGUUUGAUAUAUACAGGUUCUGAAGAUUGUUUAAUCAAAGUAUGGGAAACUACUCAAGGCAAGUUGGUCAAAACACUGCAGGGUCAUGGGCACUGGGUAAAUUCGCUUGCCUUGAGCACAGAAUAUGUUCUCCGCACUGGGGCAUAUGACCAUACCGGCAAGACAUUUUCAAGUCCAGAGGAAAUGAAAGAGGCAGCUCUUGCAAGAUAUGAGAAGAUGAGGGGUAAUGCUCCUGAGAGGCUGGUCUCUGGUUCAGAUGAUUUUACCAUGUUUCUUUGGGAACCAACGAUUAGCAAACAGCCGAAAGCUCGCAUGACUGGUCAUCAGAAGGUGGUGAACCAUGUCUACUUCUCCCCUGACGGGCAGUGGCUGGCGAGUGCCUCCUUUGACAAAUCAGUCAAGCUGUGGAACGGCAUCACGGGCAAGUUUGUCGCAGCUUUCCGAGGGCAUGUCGCGGAUGUGUACCAGAUCAGCUGGUCCGCCGACAGUCGGCUCCUACUGAGUGGAAGCAAGGAUUCGACCCUAAAGGUGUGGGAUAUCCGGGCGCGCAAGCUGAAGCAGGACCUGCCAGGGCACGCGGACGAGGUGUACGCCGUGGAUUGGAGCCCCGACGGCGAGAAGGUUGUCUCUGGUGGCAAAGACAGGGUCCUAAAGUUGUGGAUGAAUUAAGCUUGUACUAGUACGUAUCUACUACUUGUUGUCUGUUGGCGAGCAGAGACUUGGUGUGUUGGUCCGAUGAACUAAGACAGGCUUGUUGACAAAUGUGAUGUUCAAUGUAUUGAGCAUGUGGAUGAUGGGGGAGGAUAAGCCACAUGAUCAUGAAUGUUAAUUACUCUAGAUGCUCGUGUUAAAGUUUGA